AACUGGCGCGGGAACCGGCUGGAAAAGAGUGUUACUCAUUUUCAAGUAGCCCUAACGUUGGAAAUACAAAAGCAAGUUGUUACAUGUAAAUUGUAUUAUAUUACGUUUAUUUUGUAGUAUUUAAUGAUAAAAUCACAACACGUCGAGACAAGUAACGUCGGGUCAGACUAACUUCAUCGUUUAGGUAAGUUACCAAUUAUCUGACCACGUCUCCUGGUAAACAUGAUGCGCAAAAAGAGACGUUCUUCUGUGGACAAAGCAUGUGAAAGCGCGCCACCAUCAGACGUGCCCAAAUCGAAGAAGAGUCGAUCCACAGCACGCAUCAGCAAACCCACAGUGCAGGAAGCCGCUGCAGAUAACGUGUUCGCUCAGCUCCUGAAAGAGGCUGGAGUCACCUUGAGGCGGGGUAGUACACCCAACGAGAUAACUGUCGACCAAGUGGUGUUUCAGAGAAGACUACAACAGAGCCUAAAAAAGGAUUCCCGAUACCCUCAUAUAAUCCAGGAGUUCAUCACAGGGCUGGAGUCUCACAUUGAAGACCAGGAGAACUUUAGGAACUGUCUGCUGCCCUGUGUACCACCAUUGUUGGAUCAGGACUCCAACACCACUGGCUCAUAUCAGGAGAGCCUUAUGCGCCUUCUGCUGGGAGUUGAGAUACUACAGGCACCCGUCAUUAACACCUUGUUUGAGAAGCUGCCUGAGUUCAUGUUUGAUGGUGUUGCAAAUGAUGGGCUGAAUGUUCCUCGUAUAAUAAUGAACCAGCUGAAGUGGUUGGAUAGAGUCAUCAAUAGCAAGGAUUUGGCGGAUAAGCUGAUGCAGCUGGUUGCCGUGGCACCAGUGGAGGUCCAGCGUGACAUCAUCACCAGCCUGCCUGAGAUCCUGGAGGACUCUCAGCACAGCGACAUUGCCAAAGAGCUGAAUUCCCUGCUGCAGCAGAACACCCAGCUGACUGUGCCCAUCCUGGAUGCCCUCUCCAGCCUCAGCCUUGGCUCCGACUUGCUGGCUGAGGUCCGGGGUGCCAUCAUGUCCACUCUCUCCGCUGUGCAGUUGGAGGAUCUCCCUGUCAUGGUCAAGUUCAUCCUGCAUACCAUCUCUACCUCAGAUGCCAGCGAGGUGGUGAGUGAUCUGCGUAAGAAGUUGGAGCUGGAGCUGUGUGUGCUCCCCCCUGUGCUGCAAGCAUCCCAGUGCCGCCUGAAGAGCAAGGGGGCGACGGGGUCCUCCACUGUCCCAUCAGCCACCACUGGCCAGGACUGCAUCACUCUGGUCAUGGACGUGAUCAAGUCUGCGGUGCGGUUCCAGAAGACUGUAUCUGAGGCUUGGCUGAAGGCCAUUGAGAGCCUCGAUGAACCAGAAAAUCACAAGGUUAUCGAUCUUCUGGUGCUGUUCAUCCUGCACUCCACUAACACCAACCACAGCCGCCGUGCGGCGGAGAGGGUGCUGCGGGUGAAGGUUCGAGGAGGACUGAUACGGGAGGCUCUGCUGCAGAAAGCCUUCCGGAGCCACGCCCAGGAGAUGCGGAGCUACUUUCCCUCCAUCCUGGCCCUCUCACAGAGCCUCCUGCGGUCCCUGGACCCCUGUGUGGUGCCUUUUGGAGGACACAUGUACAAGCAGGCCUUCACCGCCUUCGACUCCUACUGCCAGCAGGAGGUGGUGGGCUCCCUGGUCACCCACGUGUGCAGUGGGGUGAGUGGGGAGGUGGACGUGGCCCUGGAGCUGCUGUGUGAGCUGGUAACCCAGAGACCGGCCGAGAUGGCACGCUACGCUAUCUUCGUUAAGGGCAUCCUGGACUACAUGGACAACCUGGCGCCCCAGCAGAUCCGCCGGCUCUUCCACCUGCUCAGCUCGCUGGCCUUCGGGCAGGACCAGCACAGCAGCCACAUCCAGGAUGACAUACACAUGGUGCUGCGGAAGCAGCUGUCCAGCUCCGUGCCCAAGUACAAGCGCAUUGGCAUCAUUGGCGCUGUCAUGGUGGUGGGGAGCAUGGGCUCCAGCAGGGCCCAGUGUGAUGACUGUGGGAGUUCGCAGAGCGGAAGCCUGUCCAAGGAGUCGUACAGACAGGUGACGUCCCUGUUGGAGCUGGUGCGGUCCUGCAGUGAGGUGUCCCCAGAAGCCGCUGCUCUGUACUACGAUGAGCUGGCCAACCUGCUCCAGACCUGCAGGCUUGACCCUCUGGUUCAGGAGUGGAUAGGAAAGAGCGUACUUGAGAACUUCCAGGACGACUUUGUGGUGGACCUGGGGCCAGAGAUAUCAGGCUCCUUCCCCUUCCCCGCCACGGUCAUGUACAACCUGGACGAGGAGGAGAGUCAGGGAGGGAUCGCCAUCAACCUCCUGCCUCUUCUGGCUGAGGACAUUCGCCUCAAGGGGGAGCCGUGGAGUCAGGCCGAGAGCAAGGACAAAAAGCGUGUGUCUCCGCUGUGUUUGGCCUCCUUCUUUCGCCUGCUGCGGCUGUGUGAGGAGCAGCAGCACCAGGGGGAUCUGGAGGAGAUCGAUGCCUUGCUGGGCUGUCCCAUGAUUCUGAUGGACAUGGAUGUGGUGGAGAAAGCUGAGAGUCUGUCCAGGUCUGAGAGGGAGUUCCUGUGUUCUCUGCUCUUCUACACCAUCAACUGGUUCAGAGAAGUUGUGAAUGCGUUCUGUCAGCAGAAGGACCCAGAGAUGAAGAUGAAGGUGAUUACUCGACUGCAGAACAUCACUUACCUGCAGACUGUACUGGAAAGAAGCCUGGCAGCAACACCCAAUUUUGUGCCUCCUCUCGCCAACUUUGACUGUGAGAGUGCAGAGGGGUUGGUCCCGCCUACUUCCACGGCUCCUCCCAAGAAGGGAAAGAAAGAGUCGGCAGGGCGGAAGAGGAAAGCACAGGCCAGUAAGAACUCAUCUGGGGACAGCUCCCUGCUGGAGGAGGGGGGGGAGGCAGAGGAGUCCCAGCAGGACCUCCCAGGGAAGGAGAAGGAGAAGGAGAAGGAGAAAGAGAAGGAGACUAAGCCAACUGUCAGUCUGGCCUCUUACCGGCCAUUUUUUCGGGAGCUGGACCUGGAGGUGCUGAACGUGCUGCAGUGUGGCCUGCUCUCCCGGUCACUGCUGGACAGCGAGCUCAACAGCAAGGUUCGGGAGGAAGUGCAGCUUGGCCCUGCGGAGCUGGUCUUCCUGCUGGAGGACCUGUGGAAGAAGCUGGAGUUCGGCUUGGCUGCUUCACCGGCUAAGAGAAGCCCACUUCUCAAGGGAAAGACGGACCGGAGCGUGGGCUUCUCUCACCUGCAGCAGAAGAGCGCCCUGGAGCUGGCCACCUGCUGCAUCCAGCUGCUGCCCACCCUCUGCACCCACCUGGAGAACUGCCACAACCACUUCCAGGCUCUGCUCUCUGAGAACCAUGGGGUGGUGGAUGCCACAGGCCUGGAUGUUAACGAGCACCAGCUCAUGUCCUCCGCCUAUCAGCGGCUGCUGCAGGUCCUGCUCUCUUCCUUCAGCUGGUCGGGCUUCUCUCAGCCCGAGCACCGUGCCCUGCUGAAGAGGGCCCUGGGUGUGCUGGCCAAGCGUCUGAAGGAAGAAGAGGCCGACCUGGCCUUGGAUCAGCUUGUGAGGCACAGCUGUGAUUACCUGCUGAACUUUCGGAGCACGCUGCCUAGCCUCGGCUCGGCCCUGUCCCUCACGCACCUCCUCAUAGCCGUGUCGUCACGGGACGGCUCCAACCACACGGCCUACAGGGAGGAGAUAGGUUCCCUCUGCCGGCACUUCCUGUGUCAGGAGUGGGUCACAGCCAGCGGAGAGAGAGAGAGGGGGGCCAAAUACAACGACACCCUGCAGUCCCUCCUCAGCAUUUACCUGGCCCACACUGAAGAUGUCCUGAAGGCAAUAGAGGAGAUCGCUGGGGAGGGGGUUCCAGAGCUCAUGAACGCUUCCAAGGAUGGCUGGUCCAAAACCUUCCCCACCCUCACUAGACAGAGCUUCUUGGUUUUCUUCCGGGGGGUGAUGGCUGAGCUGGAGAAGUCUAUACGGAGGAUUCCCCCGGCCAGACAGAGCGAAAGCAGCGAGGACCAUGGUGAGAAGCUGCUCACCUGGAACCUGGCGGUGAGAGACUUCCACAUCCUGGUCAAUUUGGUCAAGGUGUUUGACAGCAGACCUGUGCUCACAGCAUGCCUGAAGUAUGGUCGUCUCUUCCUGGAGGCCUUCCUUAAACUGGGAAUGCCACUGCUGGACUUCAGUUUUAAGAAGCACAAGGAGGAUGUCCAGAGCUUGCUGAAAACCUUCCAACUUAGUACCCGACAGCUGCAUCACCUGUGUGGCCACUCAAAGAUCCGGCAGGACACAGGCCUGACGAACCACGUUCCUGCGCUGAAGAAGAGCCUGGAGCAGUUUGUGUACCGGGUGAAAGCCAUGCUCACGCUCAACCACUGUCAGGAGGCUUUCUGGCUGGGCAACCUGAAGAACCGCAAUCUGAAGGGAGAGGAGAUCCUUUCCCAGAGGUCACAAGGAAGUGAUGAAGAUGGUGAGGGUGAGGAAGAGGCCUCACAGCUUCCUCAGGAGCAGUCUGAAGAUGAGGAGCAGAGAAGUGACUCUGAUGCUAGGAAAAAUGGCCCAGAGGAAGAAGAGGAGAUUACGGAUGACUCUGAUUAAAAUGGAGACCCCCCCCCCCUUAAAAAUUCCCUCACUUCUGGCCUUGACCAUAAAAUAAAUGUUUAUGAUGGUCCCUGCUGCUCCCCAAGUUUGAUAGCACUACCUUAAGAGAGGCAGUCCCAGUCACAUUAGUGCCAUUUAGACACACAGGUAGGAGGUUCCUUUCCUGUAUUUGCAGAUGGCCUGGCUCUCUGGGAAUUAAUUGCACAUGAAAAUAUUGAGAUAGGAACAGAAAACUGCUUGGCUCCCAUCAAACAAGGGAUACUGUCAAUAAUGAGAAUCUAAUGAGACAGGAGCUUCCUCAUUCACUUGCUGCAUGCCUCAAAAUUUUGACAGGGAAAAAGGAAAUCAACGUUAAAACAAACAUAUUUGCUUUGUUUGGAUAACCUAAAUAAUCGGUUUCUACGCGUUUCUUAUAUUUUGUAUGUUUGCUUUCUGAAUUAAGUUUGUGCACCUUUAAGCAGUUAAUUUUGUUUUGAAUGUAACGUUUUAAUUGUACGCUACUUUCUAAUAAUUAUAAUUGUCAUAUUCUACUACAAUCAAA